AUGGAAUUAUCUGAAAACUCCCAAUCAAUCUCUGGCUGGCUCUAGGAAUAUGACCAUAAGGCAGUUCCCCCAAUCUCUAAACCUAUCAAUUGUACUUUUUGUUUUAAGUCUCAAUAGAAUAAGCAAUGCAUAAGUAGAAAUUCUCCAAAAGAAGUGUGAGUUUAUGUCAACACCGAUAAGACUAAGAAUAAUAUAAAUCAAGUACUCAUUGAUAUUAUAUAUUUGAUCUAUUGAUCUAAAUUA